AAUGAAUGUUUUGGUCCACGUCAAACAUAAGGGAAGAAUUUGUUUUCUCAAUGUUGUGUCUGUAGGCAAAAUCUUCAAUAGCAAUCUUUGGAAAGUGAUUUCCACUUCGCAUUUUCUGAUUAAUUUCAUAGAAAUAAUCUAAAUUCCGAUAGCAAUGGCGGUUCCAACUUCCGUAUCAUUGGUUCUGGCCUCGGUAACUGCCGUGUUGAUUUUCUCGGCGAUGCAAAUGUAUAAACCGUUGAUUGCUUCCUCCCAAAUGGCCACUGUUUUCGGAGGAUUUCUCGGUUCUUGGCUAUUCAUUCUAUCGCUGACGGCGGUGUCCAACUUGGAAGCGGUCGUUCUCGGCAAAGGCUUCCAAGCAAAACUAUUCCCAGAGGUGGCAUUCUGUCUGAUUGGGUCUUUGUUUGCCUGCGGGAUGGUUCAUCGAGUUUGUGCCACUACUUGUAUUCUGUUUUCUGUCGCUGCUCUCUACUAUAUCAAUAGAAUCUCGCAAAAGGUGCACAACGCACCGGUUCCGGUGGACACCUAUGCUGGGAAGAAAAAGAAGAAGUAAGCUUCCGAAGUAAGAUUACUUCUAAUCGAUAGUGUUUAAGAAAACUCAUUAUCCUUAACAAGCGCAAACUAAAUAAAAAUAAUGAUUUUAAAUACUUUGCAAUAAGUCAUUUUACGAGACGUUCGAAUGACGUUUUCUGGCGGGCCGCGCAUUGUUGUUGUUCAAAAAACUAGCGUAAUAUCUGAAUGGCGCUGGUCACAUUUUUGUUGGUGAUAAAGUCCCCGCCUCUUUCAGCGCAUGUUUCUACCUGGUUUACAUGUUUUAUGUAACCAGUAGAUGAAAACAUAUUUUCCCUGCCUGCUGAUUUCAAUUUAACAUGAAAAAAAUAAAAACUUUAUUGCAUUGCCAUCGGCGCCAUUGUUGAAUAAGCACCUUUCAAAUGUAGCGCUAGAAAAAACGUAAACAAAUCGGCCCGCCAAUAAGCUUCAAAGC